UCGGCCAGCCUGCAGAUGGCAGCAACCACCUGCAGCAACCGAACCGGUGGGGACCGCGGCCACCCACCCUACAGCUCGGAGGACACCCCCAGCACCGCUCCUGGGAGUCUCUCCCUGCUCCUUCACACCACUUCUCCUUCUCCAUCCCAACACCGGCUGGAAGCCCCCCAGAGCCCUCCCGCCGUCCGGACCCUCCAUCUCUCGGCCGAAAGGAAGGGAUGCUCAGCCCCUAGCACCCCCCCAGCCAUGAGCAUGUCAGCCCUCCCUGAGCCCCUGGGCCGCCCACGGAGCAGCUCCUUCCGCAGCCUGGCUGGGACUCUGGAGGCCAACCUGGGCAUGGGGACGCUGGAGGAGGACAGGGAGGAGAUGCGCAUCCUCAAGGUGUGCUUCUACAGCAACAGCUUCAACAUGGGCAAGAAUUUCAAGCUGGUCAAGUGCCCCGUGACAACAGAGAUCCGGGAGGUGAUCAGAUCCAUCCUGGUGAGCGGCCGCAUCGGGCCCAACAUCCAGCUGUCCGAGUGCUACGGGCUGCGCCUGAAGCACGUCAAAUCAGACGAGAUCCACUGGCUGCACCCUGAGCUGACGGUGGGCGAGGUGCAGGAGAAGUACGAGUGCCUGCACCUGGAGGCCGAGUGGAGGUACGACCUGCAGAUCCGUUAUCUGCCUGAGGACUACAUGGAGCGUUUCUUAGAGGACAGGACCACACUUCUCUACUUCUACCAGCAGCUCCGCAGCGAGUACAUGCAGAACUACGCCAGCAAGGUGAGCGAGGGCAUGGCCCUGCAGCUGGGCUGCCUCGAGCUCAGGAGGUUUUACAAGGACAUGCCCCAAAAUGCACUGGAUAAGAAGUCCAACUUCGAGUUCCUGGAGAAGGAGGUGGGCUUGGACCUGUUCUUCCCCAGCCAGAUGCAGGAGAACCUGAAGCCCAAGCAGUUCCGCAAGAUGAUCCAGCAGACGUUCCAGCAGUACGCACUGCUGCGGGAGGAGGAGUGCAUCCUCAAGUUCCUGCAUACACUCUCCACCUUUGCCAACAUUGACCAGGAGAGCUAUCGCUGUGAGCUCAUUCAAGGGUGGAACAUCACGGUGGACCUUGUCAUUGGGCCGAAGGGCAUCCGGCAGAUGACAAGCAAGGAGGCCAAGCCCACCUGCCUGGCUGAGUUCAAACACAUCAAAUCCAUCAAGUGCUCCAGCGUAGAGGAUGGCCAGGCUGUGCUGCAGCUGGGGCUCAGCGGCACCCCCCAGUCCCUGGCCAUCAAAACGUCGUCUCUGGCUGAGGCAGAGAACAUGGCUGACCUCAUUGAUGGCUACUGCCGGCUGCAGGGGGGCCUGGACACAUCCCUCAUCGUCUUCCCCAGGAGAGAGAAGGAGAAGAGGAGCAGCCUUCCACGGAUCCCCAUCCCGCACCUGGAGGAGCGGCACUCUGCUGUAUCUGACAGCCUCAGUGUGGAUUCUGAGAUUUAUGCUGAAAUCCCUGACGAGACCUCGCGCCCGAGAUCUGGAGCCCAGCACUACGGGAUCUGCCGGGAGGACAUCACGCUGGGAAGGAUCCUGGGGGAAGGCUUCUUUGGCGAGGUGUACGAGGGCACCUACACUAACCCGAAAGGGGAGAGGGUGAAUGUGGCUGUGAAGACGUGCAAGAAGGACUGCAGCCCUGAGAACAAGGACAAGUUCCUGAGUGAGGCAGUGCUGAUGAAGAAGUUGGAUCACCCCCACAUCGUGAAGCUCAUUGGCAUUGCAGAGGAAGAACCCACCUGGAUCAUCAUGGAGCUGUACCCCUAUGGGGAGCUGGGUCAAUACCUGGAGCAGAACAAGCACUGCCUCACCGUGCCCACGCUCGUCCUGUAUGCGCUGCAGAUCAGCAAAGCCUUGGCGUACCUGGAGGCCAUCAACUGUGUGCACAGGGACAUUGCAGUGAGGAAUAUCCUGGUGGCCUCCCCAGAGUGUGUGAAGCUGGGUGACUUCGGACUCUCCAGGUACAUCGAGGAUGAGGAGUACUAUAAAGCAUCCGUCACCCGUCUCCCCAUCAAGUGGAUGUCUCCCGAGUCCAUCAACUUCCGACGCUUCACAACAGCCAGUGAUGUCUGGAUGUUUGCCGUGUGCAUGUGGGAGAUCCUGAGCUACGGCCGGCAGCCCUUCUUCUGGCUGGAGAACAAGGACGUGAUUGGGGUGCUGGAGAGGGGCGACCGCCUGCCCAAGCCCGACCUCUGCCCACCCAUCCUCUACACCCUGAUGACGCGCUGCUGGGACUACGACCCCAGCGAGAGGCCCAAAUUCAAGGACCUGGUUUGCAGCUUGAGUGACAUUUACCUGAUGGAGAAGGAGCUGGCAAAGGAGCAGGAGCGGAACAACCGCCACCGGCCUCCCAAAAUCAUGGAGCCACCAACUUCCCAGGAGCCGCCCCCCAAGCCCAGCAGACCCAGGUACAAACCUCCACCCCAGAGCAACCUCCUGGCACCCAAACUGCAGUUCCAGGUGCCUGAGGGUCUGUGUGCGAGCUCACCCACCCUCACCAGCCCUGCCGAGUACCAGUCUCCAGCCAGCUCCCUGCACACCCCUCCGCUCCACCGCCACAACGUCUUCAAGCGCCACAGCAUGCGGGAGGAAGACUUCCUGCGUCCCAGCAGCAGAGAGGAGGCACAGAAGCUGUGGGAGAUGGAGAGGCUGAAGAUGCGGCAGGUGCUGGACAAGCAGCAAAAGCAGAUGGUGGAGGACUACCAAUGGCUGCGGCAGGAGGAGAAAUCCCUGGACCCGACAGUGUUCAUGAACAACAACACUGCUCUGCUGCUCCCGGAGAAGGAGACAGAUUACAAUGGUGUAGCGGAGUUCACGGCCCCCCCCCAGAAGCCUCCAAGACUUGGGGCACAGUCCAUCCAGCCAGCUCCCACUGCCAAUCUGGACCGCACGGAUGACACGGUGUACAGCAACGUCAUGGACCUGGUGAGGGCUGUCCUGCAGCUGAAGAAUGAGAUCAGUCUCCUGCCGCCAGAGGGGUACAUCCUCGUGGUGAAGAACGUGGGCCUAUCCCUCCGCAAGCUGAUCGGCAGCGUGGAUGAGAUCCUGCCCAUCUUGCCCGCCACUUCCCGCACCGAGAUUGAAGGGACCCAGAAGUUGCUCAACAAGGACUUGGCUGAGCUGAUAAACAAGAUGCGCCUGGCACAGCAGAACGCCGUCACCUCCCUGAGCGAGGAGUGCAAGAAGCAGAUGCUGACAGCCUCCCAUACCUUGGCUGUGGACGCCAAGAACCUGCUGGAUGCUGUGGACCAAGCCAAGGUCCAGGCCAACCUGGUGAAGCUGUGCUUGGAGUGAGGGAAUAUGAAGGGGUGGGGAAGGAGAAGAGGAGCAGAGGCAACGCCGCAUUGGUCGGUGGCGAUGGGAGGAGAGCGGUGUGGACGAGCUGGCUUCUGUGUGUCUCCCGUGGCCUCGCCGCCUUGUCCUCCAUGUCCCCCUCCUCCUGCAGCUGCUUGUGUCUUUAGCAUCAUCUCGUCAGUCUUCUGAAGAAAGGAGGUGCCUGGUGACACGUCCCUCCAAAGGACUGGGGGUGGCCUGGCUGUCCCCAAAGGUGGAUGAAGGUCCCUUUGGCUCAGUGGCACCAAUGGGGCUGUAUGUCCAUUCGGUGGGCCCAAUGGGGCUGUCCAGUGGGUCCGUGUGUCUAUCCAAUGGGUCUCCAUGUCCGUCCCAUGGCCCCUCCCAGGGGCAGCACAUCCAACUGGGGACCCGCGCCCUGCUGCUCGGUGCUGGGAGCUGUGGACACGGUGACCAGGGGAGCUGGCUUCCCGGGAGGGGCUCACUGGAGGGACUGUUUGCAUUUCCUUGUACAUUAUAUAGAAGAGUUUAUUUAAUAAUGGGCGUGCGUCGGGUUGGUUCUCGCAUCCAGCCCCAGCCUGGGGAGUGUGGGAGGGAUGGGUCCCUGUGCCCGCAGCCGUCAGUGCCACAAACCAGCCGGGAGAAUGGGGCCUCUUCCAGCUGAGUUUACUCCAAGCUACUCUAUGUAAACGACAGCAGCAACAAAUUCUCUGUUCGGUUUGUGCUUGAAUUGGAAAUCGUACGGUUCGGGCUUUUCCCCAGCAUCUUCCCACAACGCUGCUCGCGCUGGCUGAGAUAAACCAUGCACCAA